AUGUGCAGCAUACAAGAAAACCAAACAUUCAUCACACAUUUCCUCUUGUUGGGAUUUGGUGAUCUCCAGGAUUUGCAGCUGUUCCUCUUCCUAAUUUUUCUGAUGAUCUACAUUGUGACCAUGAUAGGGAACAUUCUCAUCAUUGCACUUGUGGCUUCAGACCACCAUCUUCACACCCCAAUGUACUUCUUUGUGGGGAAUUUGUCCUGCUUAGAGACCUGCUAUAGCUCAACCAUUCUACCAAGGAUGCUAGUCAGCCUUUUCACUGGGGAUGGACUUAUUUCUGUUAGAGGAUGCAUUGUGCAAUUCUGGUUCUUUGGGUUUCUAGCAGCAACAGAAUGUUAUCUGCUGGCAGUGAUGUCUUACGAUCGCUACCUUGCAGUAUGCAAGCCCCUUCAUUACACAUCUCUUAUGGACACUCGUCGCUGCAUUCAGCUAGUGUUAGUAUCGUGGCUCAGUGGUUCCUUUAUGGUCACCACAAUUACAUUAAAAAUGUCACAGUUAAACUUCUGUGCUCCAGAUGAAAUGGACCAUUUCUUUUGCGACUUCGUGCCAUUGUUACAACACAUUUGCUGUGGUUCCCACCUACUCCUUUUGUCCAGCUUUGUAACUACUUCUGUGGCAACCUUGCCUCCAUUCUUGCUUACCCUGGCUUCAUACAUCUCCAUCAUCACCACCAUUCUGAGAAUCCCUUCUACUAUAGGAAAGAAGAAAGCCUUUUCCACUUGUUCAACUCAUCUCACGGUCGUUACGGUAUUUUACGGGACAUUAAUAAUUGUGUAUAUGCACCCCAAUACUGUAACUCUCAGUAAAAUGACCAAAAUCUUCUCCCUCAUUUACACAGUCUUUACCCCUCUUUUCAAUCCUCUGAUAUACAGCCUGAGAAAUAGGGAGGUAAGCAAAUCCCUCAAAAGAGCCAUCAGGAAAUAUGUGAUAAUUUAA